AUGGCUUCUGGGAACAUCCAGGCGGCGGAGGAGCGCAACCUGAUCCCCGUUUGGGACGGGAAGCCCGAGACUUUCUCGCACUUUGUGACCGAAGUCAAAUGGACCUUGACAGCGACUCGCAAGGAUGAUCGGCCGCUGCUUGCGGCCAAGAUCAUUCGAAAGGCUUUGCAUAGUGGGCAGAGCACUCUGGUGCAGCUGAUGUACAAGCUGGAGCCGGAGGACUUUCGGACGGAGGACAGCGUCAGCAAGUUGGUCAAGUACUUGGAAGAGUCCCCUCUGAAUCGGCAACCUUUGCCGGACGCUGGCAACAAGAUCGGGGGCUACUACAGGAGGCUCCAGCGUCGAAAUCAGGAGGCCCUACCGGCAUUCCUGAUCAGGGAGGACAAGGUCCACGACGACAUGCUCAAGGCCCUUCAGCGACUACUUCGCGAACGAGAUCUGGCCUUUGAUGGCUACGAGACGACCGUGGACGAACUUAAGGCCUUCUGUGGUAUGGGGCCAGACGAGUCCCUGUACUUCGGUCCUGAGGCGGAUAUGGACGCUGAUGCGGCAGCGGCCGAGGACGACCAGGAGGACGACUCGGCGACCACGCUUCCUGGGCAGCCGGCUUCGAGAGCCUCGAGCGCUUCCAGGACUUCACGGAGAGGGGCACGAUCCUCGACAACGUCGUCGGGCAAGGACAAGGUCACGGAGGUUCCCAAGGCAAGGGGCAAGGAUCUGCUCCAGAGGUUGAUGGAGAAAGGGCUUAUGCCCCUCAGCGCACUGGAUGUGAUCAGGGGCUGGAUGGUGCUCGAGAUGAGCACGGCUUCUGAAGAGGAGCGUCGGAUUGUGAAGGCGGCAACCCGCAACCGCCUUGGAUAUGCAGAAGUUCGGCAGGCCCUCUUGGCAAUGUACGAGGACCGGGGCGGCAAGCAUGGCAGGCCCUUUGCACAGGCCAAAGGCGGCAAGGGCACCUACUUCGGCGAGAUGGACGACGAGUACCACGACGACUCCGCCGAGUACCCGGACGCCGCCUACCUCCACUACCAGAGCGCCUGGUCCGAACCUGAGGCACAAGGAGAAUGGUAUGACCCUGGCCAUUGGGGUUAUUACCAAGAACCCGAGCCCAAUGCAGAAUGGCAAGAGUGGCCUCCAGACGAGGAAGUUGGCGAAGCGCCGUCGGACGAGGUGUUCGCCAGCCUCAAGCAGAAGGACUUCGAGGACCAGAAGAAGGAGCUGGAGGCGAUGAUUGCCGAGAACGACGGCAACCUUGCUGAAGCAAGACGGGCCGUGGCUGCUGCGGCACGAGACCGCGGCUGGGGCAAUGUACAACAGCGACAGCCCAAGCCAACCUCGGCUUACAUGACGAGCAAGGGCGGCGGCAAGGCCAAGGGCCCACACCACAAGGGCAAGAAGGGCGCAAAGAUGCUGGAGGAGGCCAAUUGGGUCAACUACUCCGGCAAGAAGGGCAAGCAGUUUUCCAAGAGCCAGGCCAAGGGUCCGAAGGGACCACCGUGGAGCGCCUACCAUGUGGAGGCCGGCAUCGAGUUCUUCGCCACUUCCGAGCACGAGGCCAGGUCUGAGGGCAGUGCUUUGGCGGCUUCUGAGGGCUUGAUAGAUACCGGGGCCACAGCGACGGCCGGAGGCCAGGAUGCUGUGAACAAGCUUUGUGCAGCCGUAGCCGCCGCAAGACCUGACACCAAGAUUGUGAUCCAUGAGCGCGAGAGACCAUACUUUCGGUGCGGCAGUGGGAAGUGGGGAAGGGCUCUUUUCAAGGUGGAUUUGGUUCGUGGCAACGUUGUGUUCAGCAUCUUCGCUUUACCUAGUGAAGGGGUACCAGUGUUGGUUGGCAUGCGUGAGCUCAAGUCCUUGGAUGCCUUUAUAGGUUGUGCUCGGGGAAGAUGCUUGGUGGAUGGGCGCAUGGUGCAGCUUAGGAAGACCCCAAAAGGACACUUGGUCAUGGACGUAGCAGAGCAUGUCUUCAGCCACAACAAGCCCACAGCAAGUGACAUCGUCAGAUACAAGGCAGCAAGCGAGCCACCAACUAGGCCUCCAACGACUUCGGCAAGUACGUACCGACAGCAGGCAGCCAAAACAACAUACAAGUGGGUCCCCAAGAACCAGACCUCCGCAUCACGAACCGUUCGAUUUGCAGCGCCUGAAGCCACACGGCGCAGCUACAUGUUAGAACUCCAGACGGAAGAGCGCUCGGAGAUGGAAGCAGUUGAGCAAGCGUUUGUGCAGUGGAGUGUCGACAGCCGAGACCUGCGAACACAGUCUGACUUUCUAGGCCUGUCGACCGAUGAGCUGCGCUAUGUCUUUGGCUCAGGCGACAUGUUAGCAGCGAUCCGGGAAGCCGUUCGAGAAGCCGUGGCGGAGGAGAUGAAGCAAGCGCGCCCGGCCAAGGGCAAGGGGCGCAGCCGUGGAAGCGGGGAGAAGACAGAGUUCGACUACACUCGCCAGCAAGGCCCGGAUACCCGGGACCCCCGCUACAAGCAGGAGGCCUGGCCAUGCCAGGGGCGUCACCGCUACACCUCCGGAGCGAACCGAUACGGCCGCUGGACGGAGUGCGCCACUUACGGUCAUCGUCAGUCCUACACCCCAGCCAAAGGGGCAUCGGGGGAAAGCGCCUGGACAAAUCUUCCCCAGAAUGUGGUGAAGGCUCUCGAGCGUCUUCGCAUGGCUGGUUGGGAGCCCGAAACGCUGGCGGCCAAGGACGUGAAGAACAUGAUCGACAUAGUGGCGAAAGAAAAGCGCCUCCUCACUGGCAAGGACAAGACGAACCCCAAGAAGGCGACAGCGGAAGCGAAGACAGCAGCCAAAGGAAAGACCAACCUCGAGACGGUCUUGGUGGACCAGCCGGCGGACGAGAUGGAGGGCUACGAGAAGGUAGAGCCACCGCAGGAGAACGACGUCGAGCUGGCGAGGGGCCAAGACAACGAGGUGCAGGACAUGGACUUCGUGGAACCAUGGAAGCAAGAGGACGUCACAGGCAGGACUGAUGGCAAUUUUGGAAAGGCAUGUGGACACCGCGGUUUGGUGGUCCACAACAAGACGAUCGGGGCCGGCUAUGACCUCAUGAAGUCGGCCGAUGUCGAGAAGAUGCUCUUGGAGAUUGAGGAGCAAGCGCCUUGGAAGACAUGGUUCUCUCCAGCAUGUGUUCUUCCUGCCACCGAACCUGCUUCCCCGGCCGCUGUGCGCGAGAAGCAGAUGAAGGCAAAGUACCAGUUGGACAACGUGAGCCGCCUGACGGAGGGCAUCCUGAAGGGCGGGGGCCAUCGGCAUGUGUACUUGGAGAUGCCUUCGACCUCUACCUCGUGGGGAACAGCGGCGGCCAGGAAGUUCAAGACACUGCUUGGACAGCAUGGGUCCAUGUUCCGAACUUUGAUUGACGGCUGCAUGGUUGGGAUGAGCUCUGGAACCGGGAUACCAAUCAAGAAGCAGUUCACGGUGAUCCACAAUGACCGGGAGUUCCACGAGAAGAUGCACGUGGUGUGCGACCGUUCACAUGGGCAUUGGGAGCUGGAGCGCCUGGCUCUGGAAGAGCCAAUACAUGAAGUACAUGGCGCCCCGGAAGUGAUCGCCGCGGCCCAGCAGAUCGAGAACGACGCCGACUUGAACCUCGACGUGCCGGACGAGAGCGAGGUGACAGAGGAGAUGCGAGAACAAGGAAUGCCACGCUGGGUGGUGAACGAGGCUUUGAACCUGAAGUGCCAGCCCUGUCUGGACACCAAGCGCGGCGGCAACAUGGUGGUCCCACACUCUGUGGGUACCUCCUCGCGAUCUGCUUGGUUGGUGGAGAUGCUCUGGGAGGGGCCCAUGAAUGAAUCGGGCACCGACCCUGGGCGACACCUGCUUGAGACCUUCGCGGGCUCCUGGCUCCAACAUCGGCCGAAGCCAGAGUGGAUUGUGACGGAUCCCCAGUCGUCGUUGGCAAAGGGCGACUUCGCGGAGUGGCAUCCGGAUGCGGCUGAGGAAACACGGAGCUCCCCGCUCGACUUUGUGGGCACCUGGCGGCUUCAGCGCACAACCAGACGGAGGCAGGAUGCGGACCCGCUGGAGGUGAACAAGAACCGGGACGAACGACCGGAAAGUUUCUGGCAACAGCAAAGGUGGCGCGCACGGGCCGAGGAGAUCCACAAGCAGGAGCUCGCCCGCGAGACGUUCACCCGUUUGCAUAACGCUGCACCCCGACCUGUCGUGGACUACCAGCCUGGCGACUGGGUGUGCGUCUGGAGGAAUGAGAGGGUGGCGAUGCUUGAGCCACCGGUGCUGCCAGAUGGACGUGUCUCGGUGGUCUGGGUCCUGAUGGGCACAAAACUGUGGCGAUGCGCCCCAGAACAGCUAAGGAUGGCCAGUGAGCAGGAGGUGAUCACCGAGUUGAUGGCGAAGGGCAACAUUGUCAUCCGACCGGUGCAGGACAUCAUGAAAGGGCUGAAGCGCUUCAUGGACGUCAUUAAGGAACCCUUCUCCACCGAGUACGAGUACGAGGACGCUUUGCCUGAAGAGCCUGCCCCUGGUGGUGCGCCUGAACCUCAACCUGGACUCUCGGAAGCACAACCUGCGCACGAGUGGGGGGACUCGCUCCAGGACGCGACGGACGCUUGGUCAGAGCGGCUUGCAGCGAGAGACCAGGCGGACCAGGCUUCGAGGAGAAGAACGUCGAGGAGCAGGUCAGCCGAGCGAGCGCCGAGCGCCAGCGAGGACCACCGUGCAGGAGCAGAUUACGAAGUGGCAGCAAAUGGCGUCAGCCAAUGCGGCUCGGCGCUUGGAAGGCCUUCCCAGACUGCAACGGAUGCCCGAAAGCAUUCAGCAAGGCGAGACCCGGACACGUGGGAGCUCGACACCGAGAACCGCAUGCUGAUCCGGCACCGCAACUCUUGGAGAAGUCGGAUGUUCGUGCCGACCUCUCUGGCUUCCUGCCCUGUGCCGGCGGACCAGUUCACCGGCAAGCGAGUCACGAAGUGGUUGGAUCCUCGAGGAGGUGUUGGAAGCCUCGUCGACAAAUGGAUCAGCGCAAGGACGCCAGCCGACAGAAUUCCCAUGAAGAAAUGGAAAGGAAGCGCCCAUGUCGAGUACAAGAAGGGCUACGACGUUCUGGCGCCCAAUCGCAAGGAGUUCGAGGAACCGCCGGAGCCGACCACGAAGAAGAAGCGAGCGACAAGCGAGCCAAAAGAAAGGCGGGGCCGAGACGAACCAGAAUCAUCGACUUCUUCGACUCCAUCCGCGACACCUGGGGCGACUACCUCACAACGAGCAGCAGUAGCAGCUGAUCUAAGAGACAGACCAGAAUCAGCGAUUUCUUCAACUCCAUCCGCGACACCUGGGGCCUCUAGUAAUUUUAGACCAGAAGUGUUUAGCUUGACCGAAGCAGACAAGUCGGCCAACCUUGACGACGAGACCAUCAUGCUGGUGAAGAAGCGCAUAGAACAGCUCCAGAAUGCCACGGACCAGGGCAUCAAGCUGAACAGCCUCCGAUUGGAAACACACCGACUGCGCCAAGAAGAGAAGGACCUCAUCAAGGCGAUUCGCCGAGCUUGCGAGAAUCAAGAGGCGUUUGUGGCCUCAGGGGCGACCUACGCCAAGAACAAGAUGGCAAGCAACAAGGAGGUCAACUACCGGAAGCUUGGUCGUGCAGACCGCAAACGAAUGGACGAGGCCAUGGCGAGAGAGAUCUCGGAAGUGCUGAGGUCACAAGCACUAAAGGCGGCUUCAGAAGGGCUGUCGGAGGAGGAAGUCAAGGAUCGCAUUAUACCAAUGCGGUGGAUCCUGACAUGGAAACCGGUCCCAGAUGGACAACCGCCAACGAGUUCCGAGAACGAGGUCAGCAGCGCCGACGGCAAGUCCAAGGCAAAAGCACGUGUGGAGGAAUACAAGAACCGGCAGCCCGAACAUCUCACCGCCUCACCGACUUUGAGCCGACUUGGCCGGAACAUGCUGCUUCAAGCAGCAGCUUUCGACAAGCACACCAUUGAGUGCGCGGAUGCCAAAUCGGCAUUCUUACAAGCCGACCAAGGAAUCGGCGCCGACCAGCUGUUCACCCGGGGAGUUCCCGAGCUGGCGAUGGCGUUGGGACUGACCCCAGGAGCUUUGAUGGAGGUGGUUGGUGCUGUCUAUGGACUUACCAAUGCACCACGGAUCUUCUGGCUGGACGUGGAUGCCAAGAUGAGAUCCCUGGGCGGACGACCGCACGACAUCGACAGAUGUCUUUGGAUAUUCAAGAACCGGUUCGGCAAGGUCAUCGGCCGAGUCGGCGCCCACGUGGACGACUUUAUCAUCAGUGGCGACCAUGGUGAUGCUGAGUUCAUGGCCCUGCGAGAAAAGAUCCGAGGCAUGUACUCGUGGUCCCCAUGGAGAACCGGAAGCUUCACUUUUGCAGGCUUGGAAAUCCGGCAGAUGAAGAACUUUGAGAUCCGGGUGACCCAGGAGACCUACUGCAACACUCUGGUACCCAUCGAGAUCGGCAACGACAAGUCCCGUGGCGACAGCACACCGCUGACCCCGAAGGAGAUUUCGCAGUACAGAGGCCUCAUCAUGAAGGCCCAGUGGCGGGCAGUCCAAACUGCUUUCCAGUACUCGGCUCGAGUUGGGAUCGCAGCAUCAGCGGUCAACCAGGCCACGCUGAGCAACCUUCGUGAGGCAAACAGCCUCAUGAAAGAGCUGAGGACGACCGCGAAGGAGGACCUGGUCUUCCACUCCUUUAACUACAACCGGGAGACGGACCUGCCCGAUGAUGGGGCUACCGGCGGCUACAUCACUGGCUUCGCAGACCCCGACAUCCUCCAGGGCAAGGAGGCGAAGAUGAGUGCCAUGGACUGGCGAUCCUGGAAACUGGAUAGGCCGGUCAAAGGAACGAAUGGUUCCGAAUGCCAAGGCGUCUACGAGGCCGAGGACAAGGGGUGGAAAUGCAGACCUUUCUGGGCCCUGAUCAACGGCCAAGAGUUGACACGCACCAACGCCAAGGCGCUGGCGUCCAAGAUGGAGUCGUUGCUGGUAACGGACAGCAGAGGGCUCUACGAUGCCAUUUCUUCGUCAGACUCACCGUUGCUUGGAAUGAGCAACUCACGAACUGGCGUGGAGGCAAGCGCCAUUCAAAAGGGCGUGCGAGAAGAUGGCAAGUGCUAUCUCACCUGGGUUCCCUCCGACAUGAACCUGGCAGACUGCUUGACGAAGCCUCCGGUUCAAAUCGUGUUUUUGUUUGG